UAAAAUAAUAUGGUAUUUAUACAUUAAGCUCAAUAAUCCAUCCUUUGGAACAUUAAUAAUCUAUCAAAUGUAUAAAAUUUCUGUUCAAAAUGACUUUACAAACAACUGGCUCUGAGGGAAAUACGAAUUGGGCCACGUAUAUUUUAGAACUAAUUCAUCUUAAGCGAAAAUGCCUGUUUUUACCGCUAAUAUACCUGGCGUCCUCAAGAUCGGCGAUAGAGUCGAGAUUGGUGGCCGAAUCAAAGAAAACGCAAGAAAGAUGUCCAUAAACCUGUGUGCGCAAGAAGGAGAAGAGCCGCGUGACGUAGUUCUACAUUUUGACGUCAGAUUCCAUCGCGACAACAUCAUCUCUCUGUCUCGUAGAAAUGGCGUAUGGAUUGGGAGUGGAAACUUAGAUACAAACUAUAAUAUGUUUGUGCCAGGCACAAUCUUCAGAAUAAUUUUCGAAGUGAAGGACACAGACGUGAUCACAAUCUACUGCCAGGGCAAGUUCCACUCCAAUUUCCUACCGAAGAUUCCGCUCACGAUGGCCAAGUACGUGGUCGCUUGGGCUGACGUGGAACGAAUCACACAUUGCUACUUUCACUUCGGCGGUAAGGGAGGUGAUGAGCCUGAAGAUGUAUUGCUUCCUACUUCCCCGAGGGCCACAAUAUCGCCGGUUGGGGAGAAACGAUGUUCCCGAGGACACAGGAAACAAUCACCCGGUGUGCCAAUACCAAACCCACCAUCUGAUUCCAUCGAGAGUUCUGAUGAUGAAACCAAAGUAAGACCUAAAGACGGACGUGCUGAUCGAUUUUUUUACGAUACUCUACUAUGCCAACCUCCUGAGCUGAGAAUUAAUAAUCACGAAGGUUCAAAGUACAGGAGAGAUACAAGCCUGGGCAACAAAGGAGAAUACAGCAGGAAGUACGAAGGAGAUGAAUCGGAUUCAGAAGACAAAACAGAAGUGUCAGACGUUGCCUCAAAAGAUCUGUCCUCUUUAGGUGAGUCAGAUGAGAUACCGCGCGAUUUGAAAAAGAAGAUAAGACGCGGGAAAUUUGCGCCGUUCGCUCAAGUGGUUAAUUUUAUGGGGAAGAGUGGAAAAAGGAGUUAGCCGCUCUCAGUCAAUUAGAAGAAAGAAUAUUAGAUUUUAAUAAUUGGAGGAGUUUGUUUGUGAUGUUUUUUGUUGAAAUAAAGAAGUGCAUUGAACUGAAAUGAUAUUUAUUAGAUUAAAUCGAAAUUAUUUA